UGUCAGUCAAGCGUGCGCGCCUCUGAUUGGCCAGCCGUGAGCGGAUGUUUUCACUGCGUUGGUUUACGGCAAACGCUCGUGAGUGUGCGAGAGAAACGCGUCUGAUUUUCUGCGGGAACAAACGACAGAGAAAUCAGAGAUGAUCGAGGUGGUGUGUAACGACCGUUUGGGGAAGAAGGUUCGAGUCAAAUGCAAGUAUCCUUUGAAACGCCGUGUGAAAGUCCCAGUGUGUGUGUGUGUUAUGCUCUUAACCGUGUGUGUCAGUCAGGAGGACACGAUCGGGGACCUGAAGAAGCUGAUCGCGGCUCAGACCGGCACACGCUGGGACAAGAUCGUGCUCAAGAAAUGGUACACCAUAUUCAAGGACCACGUGUCUCUGGGAGACUAUGAAAUCCACGACGGCAUGAACCUCGAGCUGUAUUACCAGUAGAACACACACACACACACACACACACACACACACACACACACCAUGUCUCGACGCAUCAGAAUAUCUGUUCAGUUGAAUUGUUUUGAUAUUAUUUGGAAAUAAAACUCAUAUUUAUGUAUGA